AUGCCUACUCAAAAUACUCAGGCCAACAAGGGGCAGCCACAAGCCUCUAGGAAUGCAAGCCGACCAAGAACACAACCACAAGGAGCUGGAAAUGAAAAGAAACCAGGAGGGACUAACCAACAGGCAGUAGGAAGAAUGUAUGCUCUCCAAGAAGAAGAAAAUGUUGAUAACCCAUCAGUAAUUAAAGGUAUGUUAAUCCUUACGAAUUCUUGGGUUAAAGUAUUGUUUGAUUCUGGAGCUUCGUAUUCUUUUAUAUCCACUGCAUGUGUGACAAGUUUGGGUUUAGAACCAGAAGCGUUAGAGAUAGCUAUGAGUGUCGCUUCACCCUUAGGAGGUCAAAUCCGAGUAAAUCUAGUAUGUAAAUCUUGUGAGCUAGAAAUCUCCAGUUCAUAUUUGAUCUGUGAUCUAAGAGUUAUGGAUAUGUCUGAUUUUGACGUCAUCCUAGGAAUGGACUGGUUGUCAGUUCAUCGAGCUAUUAUUGAUUGUUACUAUAAGAUAGUGACAGCAUACUAUAAGAUAGUGACAGCAUCCCUCCUUAACGGCACGAAAGUUCAGUUUAAAGGAGAUAGACAAGAUUCUCUAACUCCAACGUGUCGCAAGUCGUGA